AUGGCGCUGGAACGCCAUUCGAUGCAGCAAGCCUACUUCACAUCAGUUGCAUUUGAGUGGUUCUUCUUUAAGAUGGAUAGUAUCAAAGUGGCGCGUAACACACCCGGGAUCAUGAAACAUCUGAAAGCGAACCUUGUCCGGCAGCCCUUCACUUGCGAAGCAUUGAAAGCAUGCCUCUGGCUGCUUAGCAGUUUCAAGGUACUCCCUGGUGGCACGUAA